AUGCCAAUUCUCAUGAUAUCAGCCUCUCAUGCAGAUAUGCCGGUAACUGCCUCGACCGUGCACCCAACCAGGCCUGCCCUGCCAACGCCUCCUUGCCUGCUGCUGCUCCCUCCUCCUCUGCUGCUCCCUCUCCUCAUCCCCCCUCUGCUCUCCCCUCUGCUCCUCCCGCGGCUCCCUCCUCUACUCGCCCCCCUGCUCCCCCCUCUGUACUCCCCCCUGCUCCCCCAUCUUCUCCCCCAUCUGCUCCCCCAUCUGCUCCCCCCUCUGUACUCCCCCUCUGCUCCUCCGUCUGCCCCCCCCUCUGGUCCCUCUGCUCUUCCCUCUGCCCCUCCCUCUUCUCCACCCUCUCCUUCCCCCUCUGCUUCGCCCUCUGCUCCGCCUUCUGCUCCCUCAUCUGCUUCUCCGCCUGCUCCCCCCUCUGGUCCUUCCUCUGCUCCUCCCUCUACUCCCGUUUUCCCUUACCCCUCUGCCCCCUCCGCUGCCCCUUCCUCUGCCCCCUCCUCUGCUCCCCCACCAAGCAGCCUUGCUCCUGCAUCCUCCUCUUCCCCUCCCUCCUCCUUGUUGGGCUGA